CGGCCCAUACCACCAUCUGUGAGAUCCUGCUCUCCUCUCUCUCCUCCCGGCGAAGGCGCAGGGGCAACCGUCGGCCGACUUCGCGAUGCAGAUCCUCCGGCGGAAGCUUCUGGAAGCUUCCCGCUGCCUCCCUCUUUUCCCCGCUUCGUCCGCCUCGCACCACGGCAACGCCCAUGCCGUCGCCACCCUUGCCGCGGCCCGGCGGGCCCCGACCGCUGGCGCCGGCUCCCUCGCCGCCGCGCCGUGGGCCGCCACCCAGCGCCGCGGCGCGAAGAUGCUCGGAUCCGACGUGAAACUUGGAAAUGUAAUACAGAAAAGAGGUCGCAUUUAUCAGGUGAUAAAAGCACAGCAUUCACAUCAAGGAAGAGGAGGAGCCACAAUACAGGUGGAACUGAGGGAUGUUGACACUGGAAACAAAAUAAUAGAAAGAUUCCGUACCGAUGAGGCUCUUGAGAGGGUUUUUGUUGAGGAGAAGGCAUUCACAUAUUUGUAUCAGGAAGGAGACGCUGUGACACUUAUGGAGCCUGAAACGUUUGAGCAACUUGAAGUUUCAAAGGAGUUGUUUGGCAAAGCAGCUGCAUACCUGAAAGAUGAAAUGAAGGUGACCCUACAGUACUUUGACGGCCGACCAAUGUCUGCUUCGGUUCCUCCACGAGUGACUUGCACUGUUGUUGAAGCACAGCCUCAUACAAAAGGGCUAACUGCUCAACCUCAAUAUAAAAGGGUCUUGCUGGACAAUGGCCUUACAGUGCUUGCACCACCUUUUAUUGAAGUGGGUGAGAAGAUUGUAGUCAGUACAGCAGAUGAUUCAUAUAUGACGAGGGCCUAAGGGUAGUAUAUUGUGGAUGCCGUUUUGUUCGCCCAAAUGGGAAUCGAGUGCACUUUGCCUUCUUGGAUAAGUUUUUGCGUCUGCUAUUGCCCUGAACUUCAACCUUGCCGCCAGCACAAGAUAAACAUAGUUACCAAAUAUCCAGUAUUUAGCUGCAUAUUUUGUACUCAGAGGUGUUUUUAAUUUGUUCAUUGUUUUGAAUUUUUACUCAACACAUUCUCAUCAUGGUAAACCAUGGAAUUUUUGUGUGAACACAAAUAGAGAAGCUCUAUUUUGGUAGA